AUGACGAACCUCAUGCAGAAACUGCGACGGAAGCGAAAGCUAUCUUCGGAAUUGCACUCACGAUGGGGCGACGUAUCUAUCACCUAUCCCAACGGAGGCUCUUGGAAUCAGUGGGAUCAGGCGAGUGCAGGCGUUCGCACGUCUGAUGGAGAGCACGAACAUCGACAGAACUCCGCUGAGUCCAGUCGGUGCGCAAGUUCGCCUCGUAUAGGGGCUUCUAUCCAGGGGACCAGCAGAGACGCGCGAGCGCAGUCUGUCGAUUCGGCCAUGACGAUUCCUACAGGGCACUACGAUGCACGGGUGGGAAGCCAAGGAGCAGCCGCUCCACCGCCGCUUAAUGUAUUGAGCGGACGACAUCAGCCCUCAUCCGGUCGACCCAAUCCGUACGAUGAUGCUGAGCUCUACUCGCGAGCAUCCAAAUCGCCUCCAUUGUCGGUCACGUCGCGUAUGCGCGGAUGUAGUGCUCAGGGCUGUGUGGCGGAUUCUCCGGUGUCGAUGCCAGGGACGGUCGGUUCGAGACAUAACAGCUAUACUUCCUCCGUACCCUCGAAUCCCUCAGAGGACCACCGAAUUCCGGGCAUUAUUCCUUCAUCCUCUACGCUGGCAGAGCGGAGAGCUAGUCGACGUUCUAAGCAGGAGCCUCUACGAGCACAAGAGAUGGUUCCCUCGUACGAUGAACUCUAUGGGUAG